AUGGCUACGAUAGACGUCUCUUCGCAAAGGAGCGCUCUCCUGAACGACGCGAUUAUUCUGGAACAACUACCCACCGAAAUCAUUGAGGUUAUCAGAAAUCAUACGGCCUCAAACCUCCUCGACGCCAUCGCCGAGGCGGCUCUCAUUCCCCAACUUACAGAUCGAAUUUUCAUCCAUUUCGAGAAUGUUUUUCCCGACAUCUGCGCACGAUGGCUGCUCAACCCCAGAAACACAACACGAAAUGGAGCCGUCAUUGCAGCUCUCGCAAGGAUACUGCCGUUUGCGCCUUAUUUAUCGGAAUUCCUGCAGCAGGUCAUGAGUGAGGACUUGACCAAAACGCCGCCGCCAGGACCACAGACUCUCAGCAUCCGAUUUCCCGACCUCACCACUUUCACUCCUACUCAGAGCCCCGACCUCUUGAGCUUACUGCUUGCAUCAUGGAGACUGGUCUGUUUCGACCAGAGGACCUACAGCAUCCUCGUCUCGCCCACUCACAUGCAAACCCUCUUUUCUCAUGAGAGCCAUGCCGUCCGAUACAUGGCGAUCCGCAUUUUCACACAGAUUCUCCGCGCAGCCGACUCGAAACUGGAAGCUCUCAUCAGCGAGCACGUCGGAACGAAAGAGGCUAUUCUCGCUGACUUUGACGGGCGUGAGGUAGACUAUGGGUUCUUAAGUCUGUAUGAGGAUGCACGGAUCAAGAAGACUGCGGCCCUGCGCCUCGAGCUGGGCGACGCUUCUUCCCAGAGCAAUCAAAUCCAAGCCGUUCCACCGCAGAAUCUGACCCCUUUUGUUGCGUGCUAUGGCAACACAAUUUUGCCGCGACCAUCCGGUCCGGUCGAGAAGAGUUCAUCUCUCGUGCUGACCUCCACAACAACACAAAACCUCGAGACUUUGGCCGGUCUCUUGAAGAAUGCCAGUCCCAUUUUGCUGCAUGGACUCCCAGGGUCUGGAAAGACCUCGCUGGUUCACGAAGUUGCCAAGGAAUUUGGAAAGCAUUCCGAGAUGGUGACAUUACAUAUCAAUGAGCAGACGGACGCCAAGAUGCUCAUCGGACUUUAUUCGACGGACUCAAAACCAGGAACGUUUUCGUGGAGGGCAGGUGUUCUCACAACCGCGGUAAGGGAAGGCAGAUGGGUUCUCAUCGAGGAUCUCGACAGAGCGCCGAACGAAGUCAUCAGCACCCUGCUUCCUCUUAUUGAGCGUGGCGAGCUCCUCAUCCCGAGCAGAGGAGAGCGCAUCAAGGCUGCGAGCGGAUUCCGUCUCCUCGGCACAGUCAGAACCUCUCGUGGUAUGCACGGCCGAGAAACGCUCCCUAAUCUUCUAGGUCUUCGAUUUUGGCAACUUGUUUCGGUGCAGACUCCCACAGAGACCGAGUUGCAGGACAUCAUCAUAGGAUCGCAUCCCAUACUUCAUAAGUUUGCCCCCGGAAUCCUGUCUGUUUAUCGACGACUAUCGAAGCCAUCUUCCGGAAACAUGCCCUUCUCGUCCAGUCGUGGCAUGGCCGACCGCCAGGCUAGCUUGCGGGAUCUUCUCAGAUGGUGUCGGCGCCUUACAGCUACACUUACCGCUGCGGCUUGCAGUACUGGCGACGAGCCCAUUAGCGAGACGACUCUGAACUGGAUGUUCAUGGAGGCGAUCGACUGCUUUGUGGCAGGCAUCCCCGAUGUUCAGGCGAAGAGACACCUUAUUUUUGCCAUCGCCGAGGAGAUGCGUAUGGCCAAGGAGUUGGUGGAGCAUUCCCUCGAAUCUUACAUCCCCCAGCUGGAACAAAGCGAGACCCAGUUCAAGAUUGGCCGGGCGACAUUGAGGAAACGGAAAGACCGUGUUAACAAGGCUGCCCUCGCCAAGAGGCCAUUCGCCAGCACGACGCAUGCGAAGAAGUUACUGGAACAAGCUGCAGUAGCGGUGAAUCUUGGCGAGCCGAUCUUGCUCGUUGGUGAGACUGGUAUCGGAAAGACGACGGUUAUUCAGCAGUUGGCUGACACACUGGGACACAAACUCGUUGCGAUUAACUUGUCCCAGCAAAGCGAGGCUGGGGACCUUCUCGGUGGCUUCAAACCUGUCAACGUCCGAACUCUUGCUGUACCCCUGAAAGAAGAGUUCGAAGAUCUGUUCUCUGCCACUGGCAUCUCACAGACCAAGAACCAACGAUAUCUGGAACAGCUUGGGAAGUGCUUUGCGAAGGGCCAGUGGGCAAAAGUUGCCAAGUUGUGGCGUGAAGCUCCCAAGAUGUUCAAGAAAAUCAUUGAGGAGUUGACUCGGCGAGAAAGAGAGAAGACCGAGACUGUGGAAGAGGGGACUCAACCGAUGAAGCGCCGCAAGACCGAAUCCAAACUUCAGACCCUUCUCGAACUAAGCCCGAGGUGGGAUCAGUUUUCUCGCAGCCUUGAUCAGUUCGAGGUGCAGCUUUCCGGGGGUGCGAAUGCGUUUGCAUUCUCUUUCGUCGAAGGCAACAUCGUGAAGGCUGCCCGAAAUGGUGACUGGGUGUUGCUUGACGAAAUCAACCUUGCUUCCCCUGACACUCUGGAGAGCAUCGCGGACCUCCUGACGGGACCAGUCGACACGCCUUCCAUUCUGCUCUCCGAGACGGGUGAGAUUGAGCGGAUAAGAGCACACCCGAAUUUCCGAAUUUUCGGUGCGAUGAACCCGGCGACAGAUGUGGGCAAGCGUGAUCUUCCCAUUGGCAUUCGGUCUCGGUUUACUGAGCUUUACGUUGACAGCCCUGACAAGGAUGUCAAGGACCUGCUCACCAUCGUGAAGACGUACUUGAAGAGCAGCAGCGCCAAAGACGAACAGGCUGCCGACGACAUCGCAAGACUAUACAUCGAUACGAAGCUUCGCGCCGAGGAAAAGCGCCUUGUCGAUGGGGCUAAUGAGGUGCCGCAUUUCAGUCUUCGGACGCUCACCCGCGUCUUGACUUACGUCAACUAUAUCGCCCCUUUCUACGGUCUCCGUCGAGCCUUGUACGAAGGAUUCUCCAUGGGCUUCCUCACUCUCCUCGACAGAGAUUCGGAGAAGCUGCUGGUGCCUUUGAUCGACCAUCGUCUUUUUGGCCGCGUCCCAAACCAGCAAUCGCUACUUUCUCAGCCUCCAAAACAGCCUGAUGAUGGUAAGAAGUAUGUGCGCUUCCGAAAUAAGGCAAAAGAUCGUCAUUAUUGGCUAGCACAGGGAGAAGAAACCCCCCAAGAACGAUCGGACUACAUCAUCACACCUUAUGUAGAACGGAAUCUGCUUAAUCUUGUCAGAGCGACUUCCACGCGACGCUUUCCCAUUCUCAUUCAAGGUCCCACGUCAGCAGGAAAGACAAGUAUGAUCGAGUACCUGUCCAACUUCACUGGCAACAAGUUUGUGCGCAUCAACAAUCACGAGCACACGGAUCUGCAAGAAUAUUUGGGUACAUAUGUGUCGGACUCAACGGGACGACUCCGUUUUCAAGAGGGAUUGCUGGUGCAGGCCAUGCGACAAGGUCACUGGAUCGUUCUGGACGAGCUGAACCUUGCACCUACGGAUGUUCUUGAGGCUCUGAACAGACUUUUGGAUGACAACAGAGAACUCCUGAUCCCGGAGACUCAAGAAGUCGUCAGGCCGCAUGAGAACUUCAUGCUGUUCGCCACACAGAACCCACCGGGCCUAUACGGUGGUCGAAAGGUGCUUUCGCGUGCGUUCCGCAACCGUUUCCUGGAGUUGCACUUUGACGACAUCCCCGAGGACGAACUGGAGUUUAUCCUGCAAAAGAGAAGCAUCAACACCGCGCCUUCAGACUGCAAACGCAUUGUCUCUGUCUACAAAGAGCUCUCUCGUCUGCGUCAAACAAGCCGUCUAUUCGAGCAGAAGGACAGUUUCGCCACGCUUCGCGACCUCUUUCGAUGGGCUCAGCGUAAUGCUGACACGCGCGAGCAAAUCGCUAUCAACGGCUUCAUGCUUCUGGCUGAGCGAGUCCGUGUUGAAGAGGAGAGAACUGCUGUCAGAGAGGUCAUCGAGACCAUCUUCAAAGUCAAGAUUGACCCGGAUGUCCUUUACACGGCCGACCAGUCGCCCAUCUUGAGCAAGAUUCAAGCGAUGCCCAACAACCAUGGCGUCGUCUGGACCCGCGCGAUGCGUCGUCUUUAUGUGCUGGUCGACACUGCCAUUCGCAACAAUGAGCCUGUUCUUCUCGUGGGUGAAACUGGUUGCGGCAAAACUACCGUCUGUCAGAUUCUCGCAGAGGUACUUGGGAAGGAGCUGCAUAUCGUCAACGCCCAUCAGAACACUGAGACGGGAGAUCUUAUCGGUUCUCAGAGACCCGUGAGGAACCGUGGUGCAAUCGCCGAUUCUCUGAAAACUGAACUCAGCUCUGUUCUUAGCCUCCUCGGCGAAGACGCGACUGGUUCAUUGGACGACCUUCUCCCUCGGUAUCGCGGUCUUUUGCCUGAGGCUCUCGCCGAGAUUGAUGCUGCGACCCAGGAAAGAAUCUCAACUUUGGAGACCAAGAGCAAGGCGCUCUUCGAAUGGUCUGACGGUAGCCUCGUUCACGCCAUGAAAUCUGGGCAGUUCUUCCUGCUUGACGAAAUUUCUCUCGCUGACGAUUCCGUGUUGGAGCGAUUGAACUCCGUUCUUGAACCCGGACGGUCUCUGCUCUUAGCUGAGAAGGGAAUUGACAACUCAUUCGUCGUUGGAGCGGAUGGUUUCCAAUUCUUCGCUACCAUGAACCCAGGUGGUGACUUUGGCAAGAAAGAACUGUCCCCAGCGUUGAGGAACCGUUUCACUGAGAUCUGGGUGCCGGCCAUGUCCGAGACCGACGACAUGCUGGACAUCGUUCUUUCCAAGCUUGGUCCCGCCUUCAAGUCUUUCGGUGUUCCAGUGGUACAGUUCGCACAUUGGUUCGGACAGACCUUCAGGUCAUCGUCGUCGACAGCCUUUUCAAUCCGCGACAUCCUCAUUUGGGUCAACUUCAUCAACCUGUGCGGUCCUGCGGCUUCUCAAUUCGCGGUCGUUCAUGGUGCUGCCACUGUCUUCAUCGACAGUCUGGGCGCCAACCCUUCUGCUUUGUUGGCCAUGGACCCGAAGGCUCUCGACUCGCAAAGGCAGAAAUGUCUGGAUAAGCUUAGCGAGCUGCUUGGUUACGACACCACUUCCAUCUAUCGAGCACAGCCUGAAGUGGUUUUGACUGAUGACCGUCUGUCUGUUGGCGACUUCGGUCUACCCAGAGAAGCCAGCCGAAUGUCAGACCCCAGCUUUGCAUUCAAUGCCCCGACCACAAGACUCAACGCCAUGAGAGUGAUGCGCUCGCUUCAAAUGCGAAAGCCGAUCCUAUUGGAAGGUAGCCCCGGUGUUGGCAAGACAACUCUCGUUGCCGCCCUAGCUCGCGUGUGCGGGCGCCCCCUGACGAGAAUCAACCUGUCUGACCAGACUGACCUUAUGGAUCUUUUUGGUACCGACAUGCCAGUUGAGGGCGCAGAAGCCGGUAACUUUGCCUGGCGUGAUGCUCCGUUCUUGCAAGCCAUGCAGAAUGGCGAAUGGGUGUUGCUUGACGAAAUGAACUUGGCUUCCCAGUCUGUUCUAGAAGGUUUGAACGCCUGUCUUGAUCACCGUGGCGAGGUGUAUAUCUCCGAGCUUGACCAGGUUUUCAAGCGCCACCCUGAUUUCCGACUAUUCGCUGCGCAGAACCCUCACCACCAGGGAGGCGGUCGAAAGGGUCUCCCCAGUUCCUUCGUAAACAGAUUCAUCGUCGUGUACGCCGACACUUUCACAGCAGAAGAUCUUCUCCUCAUUGCGCAACACAACUUCCCCAGCAUCCCUACCGAAGUUGUUAGUGGAGUCAUUCAAUUCAUCUCUCGCUUGGAUUAUCAGGUUGCUGUCGAAAAGUCUUUCGGCUCUCACGGCAGUCCCUGGGAGUUUAACCUGAGAGAUAUUCUUCGAUGGUUGCAUCUUGUGGCCACCUCAGAUCCUGUGCUCGCUACGGGCAAACCUGACGACUUCCUCGACCUCAUCAUUCGACAGCGAUUCCGCUCUGCCCUGGAUCGCGAGGAGGUGAAUAAGCUCUUCAGCCAAGUCUUCAACAGAGGCCCCGAUAGCCACAGUCUGUAUCACGAUGUCAACGCCGCCUUCUGCCAGGUCGGACACGCUCUCCUUCCAAGAAACCAGACACUGCAGCCCGUGUCGCUUCCUGGCAUCGAUAUCGUGUCCCGGCUUUCGGAAAUCGAGUCCAUCAUGGUCUGCAUCAAGCAGGACAUCCCAUGCAUUCUCAGCGGCCCCUCAGGUAGCGGCAAGUCGGUCUUACUCGAGCACGUCGCCGCUCUUGUCGGCAAGCCCCUUGUUGUCUUCCCACUGAACGCUGAUAUUGACACGAUGGAUCUCGUUGGUGGUUUCGAGCAGUCAGAUCCUCUUCGCGAAGUCAACGCUGCAUUGCGGGAGCUCUAUGAAGGCUUACAGACUACGAUCUUGACCCUUGUACCUGGCCAGGUUCCACCGCAGGUCCUUCUCUUGCUGCAUCUGCUAGAGUCUUUCCGUGGCGAUGUCAACUCCCUUGCCGCUAUCACUUCUUCUGUCGAAGAUGUGCUCGCUGUACUCGCUGAAGAUUCCAGAGGGUCAGGGAUUGGUCUUCUUCUGUCAAGUACUCACGACGUUCUACAAAGACCGUUGAUCGUCAGCAACCCCCGCUUCGAAUGGCUUGACGGAGUCAUUGUCAAGGCGCUCGAAACUGGCCAAUGGCUUGUUCUAGACAAUGCAAACCUCUGCAAUGCCUCCGUCUUGGACAGACUGAACUCCCUCCUCGAGCCGAAUGGUUUCUUGAGCAUCAACGAGCACUGCGGACCCAACGGAGAGCCUCGUAUCAUCAGACCGCACAAAGAUUUCCGGAUCUUCCUCACAGUUGACCCACGCUACGGUGAGCUGUCGCGGGCCAUGAGAAACAGAGCCGUUGAGAUCCAUCUCAGCGAGCGAAACGCACAGGAUUCAACAACUCAUACCUCCAUUGUCCACGUGGAGAGUAGCCUGCAAAGGUUCUCUUCUUCGGGAGACAUCUCAACUGCAGUUCUAGCCCAGAAUGCCGCUUCUGACGUGGCGAGUAUCACUCUCGAGAACUUGUCAAUUAGAGACACAGCACUCAUGGAGAGAUUCUCUCUGUCGAUCAACCGAGGCCUCGUAGACCUGCCUCCAGCUUCACUCGAGAAGUACCAAGACAGUUUGAAAGAGCAACUCACAUACCUCAAUGCGUCAGAAACGGGCGGUCUCAAGCAAGCUGUCUCCAAUCUCUACGGCACCCUCCACAGCCAUUAUUCUGGCCUUCAAAGUGCCCAGCCUCUUAACCCGGUCCACAAUGCUGCUAUAGUCCGCAUCCUGCAUUGCCACAACGACGAGUUGGCUUACUGGCUUUCUGUUUGCUACGACUUCUUGCUGGAGAUCCAACGCGGCCAAUUUGCCAUUACUUCUCAAGCCAAUAAAGCAAAGGCAGCGAAACUGGCCUCCCUGAACCGUUUGCAACGGUCUAUUGUCUCGGAUCGCAUCGCGGCUGUCGCAAAAGAUUCAACCGUGAGAGUCUACAAGUUCCUUUUGAAGACUCUCCAAAACAUCAGGGCAUUCAUCCAGGCCAACUUGAAUACCGCCCGCGGCUGGCAGGAGCGUGCUCGGGUGAUUCGAAAGAUGCUUGACUUCUGGUGGCGCACUAUCAGUCUCACGUCCCAGAACGCAUUCGAGGAAGCGCGUUUCCUAGCGCACCUCGUCCACGGGGUUGAAUCUGUGCAGAGCUUGAUUUCGCCUACGACGGAAACCAUCAGCCGACAGCUCGCUGAUGUUUAUCUACAAACUCUGGAAGAUGACUUCACGACCGGUUUCCGCCUCACCACCGGACUGAGCAUGGAAGUUCUGUGGAAGCAUUUCAAGCCAAUUCCCAUCAUGAGCGCAGAGACCCUCAACAAGAGCCAAGAAAUUGAGCGUCUUGGAAUCCGACUGGACGAGCUCAAAUGGAGAGUCAAGGCAUCCGUUUCUGACCUCGCCAGAGCAAUGAGUACGCUCGUCACUGCGGACGGGAUCGUGCGAAAGAGCAGUGCCGAUGCCACCGAGCUAAUAGCCGACCUUACAAAGGAGAUUGAGCUUCUUGAGACCAAGCUGGGCUCAGAGUCUAGUGCAGUCAAGCCGUUCUUCGCAUCAGAGUUCGAAACUCUCAGACAAGCCUCCGUUCUUGAGUCCCAGAAUUCCGACCGCCGGCAGUUGAACGCUAGCGAGUCUGACCUUGUGGUUUUGUCAAACCAGCAAACCAUCGACCAGAUCCGCGCCGGCAGCUUCGGCGAAAAGGAGGCACGGUCUCUGACAAUCGGUCUUCUUGCUUCCGAGGAUGUCAACGCCUAUGUUUGGAACGGCAAGUUUGUCAUGUCACUAUUGUCAAAACUCGGCUCUCUUCCAAACACUAGCCUGCGCUCCUUGGGGCUGCUCGAGACCGAACUUCCGGCUUUGGGACGUUCUGUUGCUUCGUUGGUUCCAGCUCUGGCUAGCAACCAGAUACUUGCCCUCAACAAGGCUCUCAACGCGCUGAUUGCAACUGUUUUCGCAGUUCAUGGGCAUGACGAAGAGCAGUUGCUGAACAGAAUUUACGAGCAGGUUGCAGAAGCCGUCAAGCAGAAAGCGAUCACGUCUCAAAGACUUGAGCAACUGGCCGCCCACUUUGGCCAAACUCUCCCCGGAGGAUGGCCCGCUCACCUUGUUCAAACCGCACAGGACCAUUUGAUUCCCGGAACGGUUGCUCUUGCAGUCUCCGAUACUAUUGGUGGGCACUACGAUGGCUAUCUCGAGAAUGCUCACGAAGUGGCUGCUUACUCUUCGAUCGCUUGGGUUCAGUUCUCCAUUGGCGCCAUCAAGCUUUAUGUUCCUGACAAGUCUUUCGAUCCACAGCUGCGACCUCAGUUUGAGAAGGAUGUUCAUGACGAGCUGACAAGAGAACUCCAGCACAAGUUGUCUUCUCUCAUGGACUUUGAAUCUCAUUUCACCGGACAAGAAACUUCUAUCCGCAUUCAAAUGGCACAGGAAGAUGUCAAAGCACUUGGCCCAGCACCGGCCCCCACCCAGCUGCUAUACAGACCGCCCCGUUCAGAGCUCAGUCAGGUCCAGACCGAGUUCAACAAUGUUCUCAAAAUGAUCAUCAACCAAGAUUUAGGAGCUGUUCACUCCAGAUUCGCACUGGGAGGUUCCGUCGAGGCCAAACAGGAGAUUGACCUCAUCAAGCAGAACUUGGCUCUGAUGAUCGACCGCCUUGCGAACCGUUUCAAUGCUUACCAAGACAUGACGCGACCUCUCGUGAACAUCCUUGGUUGCUUGAAACUCGGGCUGUCUUUGAGUGACGGGCUCACAUCUAUGCAGACCCAUGCCACAGAGACAACUCUCAUGGAUCUGACGCCCUUCCUCGGUGGUCGUCCCCAGCACCACCGUCUGGAUAGGUUCCCGAACAAGACUCUGGAGUUCCUUGACUACGUCGGAUUGAUUGUAUCCGUCGAAGGUCUGCCUAACCUUAGCAAUAAGCUUCGCGAUGCGCUCUUCGAAUGCGUCCACGGUUUCUUCCAAGAAUGGACAAACAAGCUUGAGGCAGACCGUAAGGCUGAGGAGGCCAGAACAAGCCUUUACACCUUCAAGGGAAGCUACGAGGACGAGGAAGAGAUGAACGAAGAAGAGUUCAAUGAGUUGUUUCCCACGUACGACAAUGAGCAGGAGGAGAAGCCCUCCAUCGGACGUCAGAAGGUCCGUGACGUGUCGGUUAGAAUCGCAGACUCUCACCGCAAGGUGUUCCUCGACCCAGUAGCCCCUUCGGACGCACUUCGGGAAGUCUGCAAGUCGGUGGGCAAGGGAGCUGCUGCUGACGUCUUGCAAAAGUCAGCAGUGCAUCAAGGCCUGAGCAAGAUGAUUCUCCCCCAGGCCCUGAGGUCGCUCGAGGAGCAAAUUGCAGCCCUUGGCGCUAACACCGUUGGCCCCGACUACAACUUUUACAUAGAUGCCAACAUUCCCGAGGCUCGUCGUCUUGUUGCUUUGGUUGACAAGGUUGAAGCUCGUUUCCGAGAGCUGCAGCAGGUUGACGAGAUCGCCCACAUGCAGCCGCUGGCUGACGUCUUGGCCGCCUGCGAGCAGCUGCUUCAACUCGUCCACACAGAGCCCCUGGCCAAGAUUCUGCCCAAGCUUGAGCAUUUGCACGGCAUCGUCUACGAGUGGCAGCACGGAGGUUACGCCCCCAGCGUCUACGGUGCGCCUGCGCUCUACACGUCGCUGACGGACACCAUCAUCAGUUGGCGACGUCUGGAGCUUUCAACCUGGGCGAAGCUCUUUGACAUGGAGGCCCAAAAAUGUUCGCAAGACGCUGAUUCCUGGUUCUUCAUCGCGUACCAGGUCCUCAUCGCCGUUCCUCUCAGCCUCGUUGACAAGCCCGAGUUGAAGGAUCACGCCAUCAAUCUUUUCAACGAGCUAGAAACCUACUUCUCGACCGCAAUAAUUGGCCAGUUCUCCGCCCGUCUUAGGUUGUUGAGACAACUGCAGAAGCACUUGGAACUGCUAACCAUCGACUACCCCUCGUUGUCCAUCAUUAGUGAUGCUGCUCAAAACUUCAUCGACUUCUACUCUCGCUUCGAGAAGGUUGCCAAUGAAGCAAUUCUCAAGGGCAGAGCUCCCAUCGAGAAGAAAAUGAAGGAGAUUGUGCUGCUGGCUAGCUGGAAGGACACCAACAUCAACGCAUUGCGCGAGAGCGCCAAGAGAUCUCAUCAAAAACUCUUCAGAAUCGUCCGGAAAUUCCGCGGACUCCUUGGUCAACCAAUGAAGCCAAUCUUGGAUGAGGGUCUUCCGGACGAAGAAGUUGCCAGCAGCCUCCAGUCAGACUCAGCAGAUAAGGUCGAGGCCGAGAUCAAUCCAGCAGCUUUUUCCAGUUGCAACAGCGGUUUCCCGGGUUUCCUGGCCCAGCACAAGCGCUUGUCCAACGCUGACAAAACACUUUCGAUCAUGGCCAGCGUCACCACCCAAGCCAGCCAGAGCCCCCUGGACGCUAGCCAAGAGGUCAAUUCAUACGUCGAAAGCCUUGACGAAUCCAUCGCGGAGCUGCGAAAGGAAACUCCGGGCACUCUGACCGAAGAGAACAAGGACCUGGUCAAGUCCCUCAAGACUCGGAAGCGCAAUCUCUUUGCCGAUGUUUUGAAGGCGCUGAAGCAGAUGGGCUUCCGUCACAACCUUGGAACGGAGGAUUUGGCCAAGCAGAACUCCACUGCACUCAUUCUUGCGAGCAUGCCAGCUUCCAAUAUCUUGGAAACGUACUCCAACGAUGCCGCCGAGUAUUACUUCCACAAGGUUAUCGAUAUGGCAACCCAGGUCAGGCUCGCUGCCCGGGAACCCUCCGGCGAGCUCACUGGUGCCGAGGUCGCCCGAAGCACCGGCUUCAUGGAAGGCAUGAUGACCGUCGUACUAGGCCAGCACAGCUCCUUGACGGCCGCCCGCAAGUCUGUCUCCUCGCUUGAACGUGUUAUUGCGUCUGUUCAGAGCCUCAGCCAGAGCACUCAACUCGAGCUGGCGGACCGUUCCGGCGUUGACGAAAGAACCAGUAUCAAGUGGUGGAAACCUAUCCUGGAGUUCGGCAUCAAAGUGGUCGAGAUCCACAGCAGGCUGGCGUCCGUUGACAACCAAGUCUCCCUGGAGUUUCUUCAGUCACCCUUGAAGAAGGCUGAGAUACUUUUGAAAAGUUUGGACAGCUCUGCUGCAGUUCCUAACAAGUUUGCGCCGCAUGGACAAGCUAAGCAGAACUUGGUCAAAUCGGAGAUCGCAGACAUUUUGAGGCACAGGCAUUCGAAUGAUGGCGAAAUCGCUCGGAACACGGAUCUUGACUUCGUCAUGGACCAAGCCAUGGCCUGGCUCGCGAUUGACACGCCCGGGUCUGCUGAUGGCAAUGAACAACUUGAAGAUGAUGCCCGCGACUUCAAGGAGUCGGUGUCCGACCUCUGCGACACUGUUCUGGUCGCGGUUCAAGGAUACAAGAAAGUCAUGACUGACUUGCCGAGCUCAUCUGAGGAAGUCGGGUGGCUGUCCAAGACAAGUGCCGUUCGCAAUGCUAGCCUCAGCGCUCUGCACAUCAAUGCAAUCGUCAGCAAGAUUGAGGCGUGCUUAUCCGCCUUAGAGAGGGUCGAUCUCAAGAACCACAGAACAAGUGUUGCUGCCUCAUCGCUUCUUGCAAUAAUCCUUCCGGUUCUUCAACAAUAUGCCCUCACAGCGCGCAAGUGUUUCUCUCAGUUCUAUGACCUGCACACCGCGACAGGCCACAUGACCUACCAACUUUCAAAGACGUUCUCACAACUCGCUGCCAAGGGUUUCUGCACACCCCAAGAAAAGUCCGACGAGAAGUCUGGAGACUCUGGCAAGCUUGAGUCUGGAACAGGUUUGGGUGACGGCGAAGGCGCAGAGGACAUCAGUAAAGACAUCCAACCUGAUGAGGACCUGACGGAGCUCGCACAAGAGCCGAACAAGGAGCAAAACAGAGAGAUGGAAGAUGAAAAGGAUGCCGUGGACAUGGCUGACGAAGAGAUGGAAGGGGAGACGGGAAGUGUUGCUGGUGAAGAGGAAGAGGACGACAAAGAUGAGGGAGAGGAGAAGGAUGGGGAAGAGAAUGAAAUGGAGGAGGAGGUUGGCGAUGUCGACGAUUUGGAUCCCACUGCCGUUGACGAAAAGAUGUGGGAUGGCGAAAACGAAGAGGAGGCGGAAAAGGACCAGAAGGGCGAGAACGCAAAGGGCCAGAAGAAGCAGGAAGAGCAAAUGGCGGCUGACAAUGACGCCAAGGCCGACGAGAACGAGGCUGGCGACGAUGAGCAAGAAGUUGAUCAAGGCGACGAGGAGAUGGAGGAUGAGGCUGGUCCCGAAAAAGAAGACGUCAAGUUCGAAGAGGAAAUCCAGCAAGAUCAGAACGUGGAGCAGAACGACGCUCUCAACAUGCCAGAGGAGAUGGACUUCGACUUCAAUGAAGAUGGAGAAGACGACGAAGGAUCAGAGGAAGAUGAUCUGGACCAACUUUCAGAUAUGGAGAAGGAGGAGCCUCAGCAGCAGCAAGAAGACAAGGUCGAGGAGGGAGAAGAGGAGACACAACGACCUGACGAGAAGGGCCCCGAGGAAGAGGAAGAGGCGGAGGAGCCCGAAGAAGCUGAUCUUGCUGGCGAACCAGAACCCGAUAUGGACCCUCAAGCAGAGGAGGAAGAGGACCAAAAAGAGCCCGAACAACCCGAGUCUCAGGCAGAUCAGCCUCCUGACAACGCCAACACGGACGCAAAUGCUGCCCCAAGCGAUGUCAAGGGCGGCGGACAAGACCAGGACGCAGAUCAAAUGGAUGUCGAGAACGAUUUCAGCGAGAACGCCGCCCAGAGGGACGCUGGAGAGGCCGGCGACGGUGCCGCGGAACAAAAGGCUAGCGCCGGCAAGAAGGGGGCUCUUUCUCGUUCUGACGAACAAGCGCAGCCCACCGAGCAAGAUCAAGAUGACGCGCCGGAAAGCAACCGACAAGACCCUUUCAAGAAGCUCGGCGAUGCCCUGGAGCGCUGGCAUCGACAACAAAGCGAUAUCAAGGAUCCUGAGAAACAGGAGGACGGCGAGCAGAAGAAGUCUCAGGACGUUGAUGCCGAUCUCGGUGCUCGCGAGUUCCAGCAUCUUCAGGAUGAUGAGACCGCCGCCGAUACGCAAGCCAUGGGUGCUGCAUCUGAGGACCAAGUACAGCCCAUCGACGAGAACAUGGCCAUCGACGAAGAGAAAGAGGACCCCGCCAGCCGCGUGAUGCCGGAGAACGAAGAUGUGGACAUGGAGCAAGACCCCGACAAGAUGGAUACCACAGAGGCACCCGAGGCUCAAGAAAAGGAGGGUGCCGCUGACAAGGAUGACGGUCGCUCUGGAGUCAAGACAAGACAAGGCGCCUUCGACCGUGAGGUCACUCCCUCAGAAGAAGACGUCGAGAGGAUGGAGGACGACGGCGAGGAAGAAGAGCAAGUGAUUGAGGAGACGUCAGAACAACUCUCGACGACCCACAUCAGCGACGAGCGCACUCUCCGCGACUUCAACGAAUCUCUCCAGUCGUGGACAUCUUUCCAGUCCAAGACGCAUCCGUUGUCACUCUCUCUAACCUCCCAACUGCGCCUCAUCCUCACUCCUUCACAGUCCACCAAACUCUCAGGCUCUUACCGCACUGGCAAGCGCCUCAACAUCAAGAAGAUCAUCCCUUACAUUGCCUCGAGCUACAAACGUGACAAGAUCUGGAUGCGCCGCGCCAUUCCUACGAAGCGCUCAUACCAGAUUCUGCUCUGCGUUGACGACAGUCGCAGUAUGGGCGAGUCCAGCUCAGGCAACCUCGCCCUCGAGUCUCUCGUCAUGGUAUCGCGUGCCCUCACCAUGCUGGAGGUCGGCCAGGUCGGCAUCCUGGGCUUCGGAGCCGACACCUUCAUGGCGCACGACUUCACCGAACCGUUCGCCUCCCACGACGCUGGUGCCAAGGUUCUGCAGCACUUCUCCUUCAGCCAAGACCGCACCGACAUCCAGCUCCUCGUGCGUAACACGAUCGAUCAUUUCCGCACGGCAAGGAUGCAGAACCCAGCCCGCGGGGCCGAGGAUCUGUGGCAGCUUGCGUUGAUUCUGUCUGAUGGACUGACUCCGUCGAACCAGCAUGACGGCAUCCGUCGUCUGCUCCGUGAGGCAAUGGAAGAGCGCAUCAUGGUCGUCUUCAUCGUUAUGGAUGACACGGGGAACAAGAAGGGAGAUAGUGUGCUGGAUCUCAAGGAGGCCAAGUUCGUCAAGGACGAGAGCGGUAACAGCCGCGUUGUCAUUGAGAGGUAUCUGGAUACGUUCCCGUUCCAGUACUAUCUCAUCGUACAUAAUCUGGAGGACCUGCCCAGCGCGUUGGCAGGAUUGUUGAGGACUUGGUUCGCCGAGGUCAACUCAUGA